AUGAAAAACAGGAUACAAAAAAUCUGCCAUCCAGAUAUGGUGGAUGCGAACAUAAAGAAAUUACAUGAGAUCUUUCGGCAAAAUUCCUAUCCAAAACAAAUGCUCGACAAACUAAUGUAUGAAACUGACAGAGUCUCCAUAACAGAACCUCGACGAAAACCUGAACAAAUUGAAAAUAUAGUUCAAGAUGAUCCUGUAAUAAAAUAUGGCAGCCUUCCCAACAUAGGAAAUCUAACCAGCAAAAUUAAGAAUUGUUUUAAAGAUGAAAAAGUAAAAAUGAGUACAUACAACACGAAAACUAUCAAGAUGUUAUACAGUAAAUUGAAAGAUACAACACCAAACCCACUGAAAUCUAAUGUAGUGUAUAAAAUUAAAUGUUCCGAAUGUGAUGGCACCUAUGUGGGACAGACAUCUCAAUGGUUAAAGAGUCGAUUAACGUUACAUAAGAUUUUAGAAAACCCUGAUUUAGUGUCAGAAAAACAGAUAAAGUCAGCAUUCAAUGAUACAUAUUUCACUAUAAAAACCAUUUAUAAUAAUUUAUUCCCCACAAUCAGUGGUGAUGUUUCGGUCAAAUCCUCGAAAGUUACACCUAAUGUCAAACUUCCGAAGAUUUCUUUGCCAUCAUUCAGCGGAAAUUAUAAAGAUUGGACAACCUUUCAUGACAUAUUCACUAGUUUGAUUCACAAUAAUGCUAAUUUGUCUGAUAUUGAAAAAUUCCAAUAUCUUCUAAAUUCCUUAAAAUCCCAAGCUUUGUCAUUGUUGAAAGGUUUUCCAUUAACAGCACAAAAUUACCAUAUUGCUUUCGACACCUUGACUAAACGUUAUCAAAAUAAACGUCUUUUGGCGAAUUCAUAUUGGCAAGAUAUCACGAACAUAUCAAAGUUGACAAAUGAGUCGGUUGAAGGUUUGAGGAACCUACUCGAUACAUUCUCUGAGAAUUUGUCAUCUUUGAAAAACUCAGGUUUGCCAGUUGAUCAAUGGGAUUUUGUACUUUUUCAUAUGAUUAUUCAGAAACUAGAUAACGCUACAAUUAAACGUUUUGAAUUACAAGAAUGCUCGUCAGAUAUUCCAUCGUUCCGAAAUUUACACAAUUUCCUUCUGAAUCAGUGCACCGCUUUAGAAUCUGCAGCUCUCUCUACCUCCAUUAAACCCAAAUACAGUCCACUUGCUCAAACUCAAACCAAACAGCAAAAACCUUCCUCGAGUAAAUCAACCUCCACUUUUCUGGCUCAAACUAAUAAUAUUUCUUCAAAAAUAAAAUGUAAUUUUUGCAAUUCACCGCAUACUAUUUACAAAUGCUAUUCAUUUCUGUCCAAAACUCCAACUGAAAGAUUGAAAAUUGCCCAAAGUAACAAUUGGUGUAUUAAUUGUUUGCAUUCAGCGCAUGACAUUUCGAAAUGUGCUUCUAAAUCAAGUUGUCGCACUUGUUCUAGGAAACACCAUUCUCUGCUCCAUAUCGAUUCCGAUGAAAAUGAAAAACAAACCUAUCCCUCUUCUUCUGAUAUCAAUUCAUGUAACUCAGCUCAGAGUUUCACUACCACUGCGUCUUCCAACGUUCUUCUCGCUACAGCUCAAGUAGAAAUUCUCGAUGCCUGGGGGAAUUAUAAAACUGUCAGAGUUCUUUUAGAUAGUGGUUCCCAAACUAAUAUAAUUACUAAAAAGUGUGUUGCUUCACUAGGGUUAACAUUAUCUAAAUCAUUUCUAUGCAUAAAAGGCAUAGGAGAAAGAUCAUCACCAUCAACUUCCACUGCCACUUGCACAAUCCGCCCCCGAGAAGGGAUUCACCCAAUCUUUACCUUCGAUGCUGUUGUCAUCCCAAGAAUAUGUUCAGACUUGCCAAACUUCACAACAAAAUUUUCAUUCCACGAUUCACUGAAUUUGGCGGAUCCAAAUUUCAAUAAACCUGGUAGUGUCGACAUACUUCUGGGAGCUGAAAUAUUUCCCUCUUUACUUCUUGAUGGUCGUCAAGAAGGUGGAGUAGGAGAACCUUCAGCACUCGAAACUGUGUUCGGUUGGGUCUUGAUGGGUAGAACUCAUUCUUCUUGUAAGGUAGUAAAUGCAUUGCAUGUGACUCUAGAUUCAUCUCUGAACGCAACUUUGAAGGCAUUCUGGGAACUCGAAGAACUUCCAAUUUUGGCAUCAGAAUCACAUUCUCCCGAUGAAAUUCUCUGUGAAGAGAUUUUCAAGAAAGAUAUCUCUCGAGAUUGUAAGACAGGUCGUUUUAGUGUAUCAUUACCCUUCAAACAAUCAAUUCCCGUUUCAUUCGGUGACACCUAUUCAUUGGCAUUGCGUCGUUUCUUGUUGCUGGAGAAACGACUCAAUAAAGAUUCCUCUCUGCGGAAACAAUAUAGUGAUUUCAUGAAAGAUUAUUUGGAAUCUGAUCAUAUGACAUUGGUAGAUUCAAUGCCUUCUGAUGAAUUCUCCUAUUUUAUCCCACAUCAUUGCGUUCUCAAACCCGAUAGCACUUCCACCAAACUAAGGGUUGUGUUUGAUGCCUCAGCAAAGGUGGCUGGUCAUUCAUCUUUGAAUGAUUGCCUUCUUACAGGCCAAAAGUUACAAAAGGAUAUUGCCACCAUCCUUCUCCGAUUUCGUACACAUAAGUUUGUCUUCACGGCCGAUAUACGACAAAUGUAUCGGCAAAUUCUGAUUCACACGAAUCAUCGUAAAUAUCACCGCAUUCUCUGGAGAUUUUCACCCUCAGAAUCCAUAAAGUGUUAUGAGUUAAACACUGUCACGUAUGGGCUGUCUUCGGCUCCUUUUCUAGCGCUUCGAACCUUGCGUCAUUUGGCUAUAGAUGAAAAAGAUAGUUGUCCUUUAGCUUCUAGGAUCCUUGAUGAGGAUAUAUACAUUGAUGAUGUCGUGUCAGGUUCCGAUAAUGUUCAGAAUGCCAUUGAUCUCAGAAAUGAGCUCAUUUAUCUUUUGAACAAAGGGGGCUUCGAAUUGCGAAAAUGGGCCAGUAAUGAGCCGGAAAUCCUCGAAGGAAUUCCAAUAGAACAUCAGCUGAUGCAGUCAUUUUCAUUCACUGAUGGGGAAUUCAUGAAGAUUCUUGGACUUUGCUGGAAUCCGAAUAUCGAUACUUUUUCAUUUGUUACAUCUAAAAUAGAUUCCAUUUGCACGAAACGUAGCAUAUUAUCACAACUUGCUCGAACUUACGACCCCUUGGGCUUCUUAACUCCUUUUACUUUUUUCAUGAAGCAUCUCAUACAGGUUCUUUGGACUCAAGGUUUACAGUGGGACCAGACCCCUACUUCUGACGUCGUAAACUGUUGGAAUCAAUCAUAUGUCUUAAGGUUCUGCUUCAAUACUCGAAAUUCUUCAUCGCCUUGCCAAGGCAAGUUGACUUUUCCGGAGCUAACACAGGCCUUACUUUUUCUGGUGAAACAAGUUCAAGCAGAUAUAUUUGCCGUGGAAAUCGAUCAGCUUCGAAAAGGGUGGGCGGUAGAAUUUCUCUUUCAGGGCUCUCUUUUGAGAGCAAACACCCUGCCUUACUUCCUUGCCAACAUCCUCUGA